ACGCUUUUCAGCACAUUGUCGAUUGGACUUGCUGUUGUUUCUGUGAAUAAAACCAGGACAGCCUCAUCAUGUUUGUGAAAAGUGUUUUAGAGCAGUGCAUUGGUUUACAGUAAACGCAAUGUAUCAUGGGACAUCGAACAUUUUUUGCAGGACUGAGAAUGGUAGAAAUUCUCCUUGUGUCAACAUCUGCAAAUUAGUGGAUCAUUUUUCGCUGCUAUUUUAGGUGAAGUUUAUGUGGUAGCAGGGGCGUCGUAGAGGGGGGUAAAGUAGGACUGAUUCACAGGGUCCUGACUACAGGGAGGGCCCCUGGCUGGGAGGUCCCCAAAAGGAGUCUAUUUUUUCCCCUUUCCUUUUUUUUUUCAAUAAUGUCAAUGGUAUUUCAUGCAAAUUCAAUGUUCUCUGGGAAUACAUCGGUUGAAAUGUAUGUCCCAGCCUGCAAAUAGUACCUAUAUCAGACACCCCCAUUAUCAAUGCACAUUGGUUUAGUCCGCCCUCUCACGGACUUUGGAUUGUAUGCGCAACGGAUUUUUUCAUGCUUCGGCAUGAAACGCAGCAGGCAGUUCUUAUACCAACAAGGAUCAAUGUCAUCAGGCUUUCAGAAAAGAAAGGCAAGAAAGGCAGAGGAAACAAGAUGAAGGAAAGCAACUGCUUACUGAUUUCUUUCCCAAGAAAGAAAAAAGGAGAAAGCCAGCUGCAGCAGGUACAGGAGAAUGUGGAGGAGGUUCAGACCAUCAUGCAGGAGAAUUUCACCAGGGUCGGAGAGCGCGAGGGCAAACUAGAGGAACUGGACGACAGAGCUGAAAUACUGCUGAAGAAAAGCAAACAGUUUGAAAAGACAACGAGGAAAGUGGCAGAAAAGAUGGAAACUGAGAACACAUGUCUGCGAUGUAAGAAAUGGCAGAGGAUCAUGGCAGAGGAUCAUGGCAGAGGAUCAUGAUCAUUGUCGGAGCAGUUGUUCUGGUCAUCAUCAUCAUCAUUAGUAGUGUGUUAUUGCGGCCACGGUAAGGACAGACACAGCAGAGACUCUGGUUAAAAAGCCGAAAAGCCGGAGAUUAAGAAGAAGUGAUGGGCUUAAAGGCUAAGUUGUGUGUUCAAAAGACAAAAAGGUCUGAAGGACACAUCAUGUCAUGCCUACUUCUGCUCACACGCCAUACUCUUUGUGUUUACUCUUGUGCAUGUACAAGUACUGUUACUGAUAACUGUUUGAGUCUGCAUCUACUUCCUGGUCAGGUUUUUUCCCUCCUGAAGUCUCAGGGAGUUUUUCUUUGUCACUGUCACCUCUGGGGGGUUUUGGGGGUUUUUUUGUUGUUGUUGUUGUUGUUGUUUGUUUUGUUUUUUAAUAGAUCUAACAGUCAGUCAAAUAAAUGAGCCAGUGUCUUUGUAAAAUAUGCUCUGAAUGAAUGAAUUAAACACUUAAGAUUAAGAGCGACUACAUUGUUUGCCUCUUUGUCACUACACUGGAGGAAACUUGCCCUUGG